GUCUUCGUGUGCAUAAAUGAAUAUAUUUUUCAACACUCUAACCAUCUUUCAUGCUUUCUACUGAGUUGAAAUUACAACAGAAAAAUCUUCAAAAAUGACGGAGUCGUUAUUUCGCAGGACGGUUAAAAUAGCCUCGGUUGUUACUGCCUAUUGGUGAGCGAGAUAUUUUUGUUUUGGGAAAAACUUAAAUUGUGUGUUUCAAUUUGUUGUGUGUUGUAUUUUGCUCAUAUGCAUUGUGUCAUUUUCCCCCCAUAGGAUAAUAUCUAUUUCAAUGGUGUUUUUAAACAAGUAUCUUCUAAGCAGCCCCGAUUUGAAGGUAUUUUGGUUUUACCACGCUUUAUAUUUUGCACGAGAAUGUUGUAAACAUAAAAUAUUAAGGUCGUUGUAGUUUAAAUGUUCUCAAAAAUUAUGUCAAUUAUUUUUGGCGAUAUACUCGUGCACAUAAUUUUGUUCGUUUUAUAUUGUGAAUAUCUAUUGAGUGCAUAUAAAUAGUAAAAGGCUAACCAUUCUAUGUUUGGCCUUUUGCUAUUCUUUGUGCCUGAAUUUUGUUGGGAAGAAAUGUUUACAUUGUAAAGAAAAAUGGGAUGCUUAUUUUGUAAUUUGUCCGUGUCUCCGCCACGUAUUUGGCUGUUUAUUCAUUUGCACUCCCUGCUGUUUAACUAUAAAUCUAUGCAAAUUUGGAAAACAAAAUAAAUAUUCAAGCCUGAAAAUAAGCAGUCGGACAUGGAAACUGUCCGACAUGAAAAGGACAAGUGUCCGGCUACAUGCUUUCUUGCCUGGACAGUAUGUCUGCCACAAUGAUACUGUUAUAAUACACCCUUCUGGAGAGUAUGUGAUUUUUGGCUAAUGACCCUCAUUUUUGUGUAUGUCAUAUUAGUAAAGCCUAACAUCGUAAAGCGUAAAAUGCACUUGUUUCUGGUGGUUUUGUUGUCUGUAAGCCUGUUUUCUACUCGGCAAAUUUGUUAGUACAAAGUGAUAUUUUUCCGUUGUCGGCACCGCUUAUCACAUCAGCAAAAGUGAUGCCAAUAAAGAAGAAAGUUGCUUUACAUAAACAAAUUUGCCUAGUGGAGAACAGGCUUCACACUUUAUACAUGUCUCAGUCUAUAGAUACUGUAGUUACAUUAACACCAGAAAAAUGCAGAUUGAGAAGGAUUAAAGGAUUUUAAGUGAAGGUCUUUCAUGAGUGGUCUUAAGUGAAAGUCACUUGCCACUGAGCAAAAUUGUUAUUUAUAAUCUAACUGACCAGAAUGGAGUGUAUUGCUCUUCACUACCUAUUUUUCAUUGCGACUUAUACAAGGACCAAACCAUCAAUAUUAUGUUUAUGUCCUAGCUUGAUGCACCGCUGUUUGUGACUUGGUACCAGUGUGUGGUUACUGUCGUAUGUAUUUACUUCCUGAGUUUUAUUGGAGACAAAUAUCCGCAGAUUGAGAAAUUUCCUGCAUUUUCAAUUGACUUCAAAGUUUCAAGACAGGUAAUGUAACAUGGUGGUGAUGUGUAUGUGAAUUUAGAUUGCCAACAAAUAACCACUUUUUUCUUGUGGCAAAUCUCAGUACAGUUAAAUAAUCAGCAAUAACCACAGCCAGCCGUAAAUAUAAAGAAAAACAAAUUUCAAAUAAUAAUUGAGCCCCAAUGCACCCAACUUAUUUUUUUUACUUGUCUAAUACCAGAUGAUUUUACUCAUCAAUGGGGAAGCUCUGCAGCUUAAUGGGUUAAUACAAGACAAGCGUUUGAAACAGCAGCGCCAACAACCAAGCCGCUUUGUUCAGAAAAACCUGUUUAUAUGAUGGUAACCUUUACUGAAAACUGUCACAUAAGUUGCAUCUUAGUUUGUGUUUUGUAUCAUUCAAUAGAUCUUGUCUCUUUCUGUUGUAUUUGUUGGUAUGAUCACAUUCAACAAUCUUUGUCUCAAGUACCUUGGUGUCUCAUUCUACAAUGUUGGUCGUUCAUUAACAACUGUAUUUAAUGUGGUAAGAUGAGUUUAAAAUUAUAUGUGACUCUAGGGGUGAUGCAAGUUCUCUAGAUAGUCCCUCUCCCUGUUGACCUUCUGUUACCAAAAUUUGAACAUGAUAUACCAAACAUUUUGUGAAUUUUCAUGUAGGUUGUUAACAUAUUCCAACCCUUCAUUGACUGAAAAUUUUCAGUUCUCAUUUUUUUUCCAUUCACAUUGAUGGUUACUGGAAAUUUUUUAUUAAGUCAUUCUCUUCAAUAAGCCCCCCUCUCAAAUAACUCUCACUCUAAUCAACACCCUCCUCCAAUAAACCCCUCUCUAUUGAGACCCUCUCCAAUAACACUCACUCUAAUCAACACUCUUCUCUGAUAGUCCACCUUCCCAAUAUGUCCCCUUUCCAGUAAUUCCCUAUUUGAAUAAACCGCACUAUCCAAAAAGCCACACUAUUCAAAAAGCCACCCUCUCCAGUAAGCUCCCAAUCCUUACCCCUCUCCAUUCAACACCAAUUAGCCCCCUCUCCAUUGUGCCCUUCUCUCCAUUAAACUAGGGAUGAGCCGAUUAAUCGGUAAAUAAUCGGCAAAGCCGAUUAAUCGGCCGUUUUUUAAAUAAUCGGUAAUCGGCCGAUUAUUGCUUGAUAAUCGGCAAAUAAUCGGCCAUAAGACUUUUUCUGCAGCUGCCAAUCGCAUGCUAAAAUACUGAAUACAAGCGAAUAGAUUUUCACAUUUUGUUGCAAAACCUGUGUCUUUUGUCUCAAGCAAGGUGAAGCUGGGAACAUUUCCACUAAAAAAACGCAGCAGACUAGCUCCGCAUAGCUGACAAUAUCUUGUUUUUACACCAUAAUCUGCCAAAACUAAACUUUGACUAUUGACAUGCAAGACUGAAGAUGUUUUUAAUUGUACAAAGUGUGUAUUGUAAACAAUAAAACCUCAUUUACAACUUCAUUGUUGGUCAUCUUGUGAUUUUCGCUUGCUUUUUAAAAUAAUCGGUGAGUACCGAUUAAUCGGCCGAUUAGUUACAAUAAUCGGCUUAUAAAUAAUCGGCCUCAGUAAUCGGCAAUUUUCCUUAUCGGCUCAUCCCUACAUUAAACCCCCUCUCCAAUAGACCCCUCUCCAAUAAACCCCCUCUCCAAUAAGCUCCCCUCUCCAAUCAACACCCUUCUCCAGUAAGUCUUCCUCUCCAUUGAGUCACAUCUCCAUUAAGCCCACUAUACAUUAAACCCCCACUUCAGUAAACUCUCUUCUCUUCAAUAAGUCCUUCUCAAACAUGCCAUCUCCAUCUACCAUCUAGAUGUUCACAUUUGUCGUGCUUGGUGUAAGGACCUCGUUCAAAGCCAUUGCUUGUUGUGCUGUUAUAAUCUGUGGCUUUCUACUCGGUGUUAAUCAAGAAGGGAGUUCGGGUGAGCUGUCAUACUCAGGCGUCAUGUUUGGCAUCUUAGCCAGUCUCUGUGUAUCCUUAAACGCCAUAUAUACCAAACGAAACCUUGAAGUAGUCGACAAUAACAUUUGGCGAUUACAAAUGUACAACAAUUUCAAUGCGAUCUUCUUAUUCUUACCCUUAAUGGCAAUUAUGGGCGAGUUUAAGGUGAUGUAUAACUUCCCCAUGAUCAACAGUGCUUACUUUUGGGGCGUGAUGACCUUAUCUGGGUUGUUCGGCAUUGCGAUAGGUUAUGUAACAGGCCUCCAGAUUAAGGUUACCAGCCCACUGACUCAUAACAUCAGUGGAACGGCCAAAGCGUGUGCACAGACCAUUUUGGCAGUGUCUGUGUAUCAAGAAAUCAAAACUCCCCUGUGGUGGCUCAGUAAUGUUUUCGUGAUCGGGGGAUCGGGUAUGUAUUCCAAAGUGAGGCAUGAUGAGAUGCGACAGAACAUGAAUACCUUACCAGUGACUGACUCCAAGGACAGUGAUCUUGCAGCUGAGAGCCCUAAUGGGUCAAAACAUUAACUCUGAUCAAAAUAUUUUGAUCUAAAUGUACUUGUCUUAUUUUCUAACUUUUUCUCUCAUUUUAUCGCGACACCCAGAAACACGUGGAACACUGUUUCUGGUGUCUAUUUAGUCACGCGUGUCGUGACCCGUG